AUGGGCACGGUGCUGUCCCUGUCCCCCAGCUACCGGAAGGCCACGCUGUUUGAGGAUGGCGCGGCCACGGUGGGCCACUACACGGCCGUGCAGAACAGCAAGAACGCCAAGGACAAGAACCUGAAGCGGCACUCCAUCAUCUCCGUGCUGCCUUGGAAGAGGAUCGUGGCCGUGUCGGCCAAGAAGAAGAACUCCAAGAAGGUGCAGCCCAACAGCAGCUACCAGAACAACAUCACGCACCUCAACAAUGAGAACCUGAAGAAGUCGCUGUCGUGCGCCAACCUGUCCACGUUCGCCCAGCCCCCACCGGCGCAGCCGCCCGCACCCCCUGCCAGCCAGCUCUCGGGCUCCCAGACGGGGGUCUCCUCCUCCGUCAAGAAGGCCCCGCAUCCUGCCGUCACCUCCGCAGGGACGCCCAAACGGGUCAUCGUCCAGGCGUCCACCAGCGAGCUGCUGCGCUGCCUGGGUGAGUUUCUCUGUCGCCGGUGCUACCGCCUGAAGCACCUGUCCCCCACGGACCCUGUGCUCUGGCUGCGCAGCGUGGACCGCUCGCUGCUCCUGCAGGGCUGGCAGGACCAGGGCUUCAUCACGCCCGCCAACGUGGUCUUCCUUUACAUGCUCUGCCGGGAUGUCAUCUCCUCCGAGGUGGGCUCCGACCACGAGCUCCAGGCCGUCCUGCUGACCUGCCUGUACCUCUCCUACUCCUACAUGGGCAAUGAGAUCUCCUACCCGCUCAAGCCCUUCCUGGUGGAGAGCUGCAAGGAGGCCUUUUGGGACCGCUGCCUCUCCGUCAUCAACCUCAUGAGCUCCAAGAUGCUGCAGAUCAACGCCGACCCCCACUACUUCACACAGGUGUUCUCCGACCUGAAGAACGAGAGUGGCCAGGAGGACAAGAAGCGGCUCCUCCUAGGGCUGGACCGGUGAGCCCGCUAGCCUGCAUCACGGCUCAAGGAUUCAAUUCAUUUUUAAAAAUUUAUUAUUAAAUCAGAUUUUGUGUACAGUAUGUGUCUAGCGAAGCCACCAAGGGCCUCUCCCUUCCCACCUUCUCUCCUUGGGGUUUUCUUCAGCCCUGCCAAGAACUCUGGAUGCUUUUGAACUCCCGAACCUUGUGCAAAAUUCAGAAGAUGUAUUCAGAGCCACCCUGGCUCCUGAUCUCUCACUUUGGGGAAUUCAAAGGACUGACCUGCCUCUGCCGCCUGUGCUCUCGCUGGACCAAGGCAGGGGAGGCUGCCCUCUGCUUCCCACAGCCAGGCAGCCCAGAGAGGA